GGCUGAGCGCAUCUGCGGCCUCCAUGACACCCGCACAUCGAGCCGGAAUCGUAUAGUUGGCCUUUUUUCUUUUCUUCAGGUAGAGAGAAACCGACAGAGGUGUGUUGGACACGUGCACUUUUAAAGCUCCAAAAAUAAAAGGUUUAAAAUGAAUCGACAACUGGACAACAGGACGCUUUACAACACCUCGGAAGAGGACGUCCUUUCUCCCAGGAAUAAUGUCACCUACGUGGGCUUUUACCUACACCAGCCAUCCACGGCGGCCAUCUUCAUCGUGUCCUACCUGCUCAUCUUCUUGGUGUGCAUGGCGGGCAACAGUGUGGUGUGUUUUAUAGUGCUGCGCAGCCGGAACAUGCGGACCGUCACCAACUUGUUCAUUCUUAAUCUCGCUGUGAGCGACCUCCUGGUGGGGAUUUUCUGCAUGCCAACAACACUUCUCGAUAACAUCAUAACAGGGUGGCCGUUUGGAAGCCUGGUGUGCAAAAUGAGCGGCACGGUGCAAGGCAUCUCCGUGUCGGCCUCCGUCUUCACCCUGGUGGCAAUCGCCGUGGACAGAUUCCGAUGCAUCGUUUACCCAUUCAAGCAAAAGCUGACCAUCUCCACUGCCACCCUGAUCAUCGUAAUCAUCUGGGUCCUGGCCAUAUCCAUUAUGUGUCCGUCGGGUGUGAUGCUACAGGUGACGCAGGAGCAAAGCAUCCAAGUGCUGCUGGGCUACAACAACAAAACUACUCCUUUUUACUGGUGCCGGGAGAACUGGCCCAACCAAGACAUGCGCAAGAUUUACACCACCGUGUUGUUCGCCAACAUCUACCUGGCUCCGCUGUCCCUCAUCGUCGUCAUGUAUGCACGCAUCGGCAUCACGCUCUUUAAAACCGCCAUGCCCACGGGCGGCAAGCCAGGUCACGACAACCGCCACAGCGUCUCCAAGAAGAAGCAACGGGUGAUUAAGAUGCUCCUGAUCGUCGCCUUGCUCUUCAUCCUGUCCUGGCUGCCCCUGUGGACCCUCAUGAUGCUGAGUGACUACGCCCGGCUAACGGAGCAGCAGUAUCGCAUCGUCAACAUCUACGUCUACCCCUUUGCCCACUGGCUGGCCUUCUUCAACAGCAGCGUCAACCCGAUCAUCUACGGAUUCUUCAAUGAGAACUUCCGCCGGGGAUUUCAAGUGGUGUUCAAGUUUAGCCUUUGCGCAGCCGACGGACAGCGGAGGAAAACAUACUCGCACCGGCUGCAGCCUAACUCAGUGCUACCGGCUAAUAACGUGCAGACCUCCCUGGAGCCCAUCUCGCUUAAUAGCCUGGAUAAAAGCAGCUGCAGGCGGAUGCACCAUAUCGCGGAACAAGACUUGGUCUUGGAGGACCUGGAGAAGGGGUCCUGCAGUAGCGGCGGGGUGACGGCUGUGUCCAUUUGAACCAGUACGUUCCUUGUGAUAUGUUUUUGGGUGGUCUUUGGGUGAUCUUCUGUCUGACUGCCAAUUUCUUCAGGAAGCUACCUCCAAUGAAAUGAAGACUAGUUGCCGAGCUUCAUUGUGUCCUAUGAACUCAUGCAGGCACUUUUGCAGCCCUUACAGCACAAACAAUACGGCUUGUGGACCUUCCCAAAAACGUUUUAGCAGCUUUGGAGUUUGAGUUAAGAUGACUCUGGCGUUAAUGAAAAAAUAUGACCCAGAAUAAAAAUGGUAACUUCCGCUUAUUGGUAACAUCAAGCUCCACAAACCAGGAAGUAGCAUGCAAUAUUUACAAAAUGGUGUGGCUCCAGAUAUUUGCUGUGACUGACGUGAAUGGAAAAGUCCACCCAAGAAUCGAAACGGUACUUUCCGCUCCUUUCCUCCGUGAACCAAGAAGUAGCCUGCUAAUUUAACUAAUCAUCACUUAUUGGUGUGAAUUCAGAAUAGUUUUCUGUUUCAGUUACUGUGACUUUGGGGUGAAUGGAAAAGUCUGACCGAGAAUCGAAAUGGCACCUAUCCUUUCCUUCGAAACAUCUUACUCCGUGAACCACGCAAGCUGAUCAAUGGGCUAUAAUGUUCAUCCGGAAAUCUGCUUUUUGAAUGGAAAACUCCAGCCAAGAGGCAAAGCAGUACCCGCUUUGGAACAUCUUACUCCAUGAACAAGAACGUAUCCUGCUAAGCUAAUCACUUGUGACUCGGGAUGGGCAUCGUUUGAAUUUGAGCGAUUCCGGUCCCGAUUCUGGUUCCUCAUUUCGAUUCCAGUUCCAAAUGAUUCUCGAUUUUGAUUCUUUUAGGGGGCUGGGUCAAAAAAGUUCACAUGGUUUAAAUAAAGGGUGUCCAAACUAUGAACAUCCAUUUUCUUAGCAGCCCCCAGCAUAAACUACAAUGAACAUUUGACUCGAGGUUUUUUAUAACCGUUAUCGAUAUCAACAAAGGCAAUUACUUCAUGUUCCAGGUGAAACUUAAAUAUAGCAUUGUGAAAAUAGAUACUUGCGACUGUUUUAUCACGUCAAAUACAACCCCAAUUCCAAUGAAGUUGGGACGUCCAUCCAUCUUGGUCACCGCUUUUC